GCAUUAGGACCUGCUGGUUCACUCAGUGCAAGUUCAGAGAGGAGAAAUGUACGAGUGCAACUUUCACCGCCAUCAAUUUUCCUGAAAAGAGAGAGAGUUGAGCCUGGAUAAUCAGAUUGUUUAACAACAACAACAACAACAACAACAAACACACAACAAGAGGAUUCUGAGUUUGGGAUAAAAGAAAAAAUAUAUCUUUUUUUUUAAGAAUUAAACAAGCUGGACUAUUAUCAACGUUGGGACUUGUUUGAUUUUUGUACACAGUUGCGAGAGAGGAAAAAGAGAAGAGAUCUGAGAGAUCUGAGAUCCAUGAAUUUAUUUACGUUUGAAUGAAGAGUGCACAGACAGUAGAAGGUCAUUUUCAAAGUAGCAGAUGUGAGCAUGAGUGCUGGAAGAUGAGAGAAGCAGACGCACAGGCCGGUCCUGAUGGCAGGCUCUCGGGGCUCAGCCAGCACUGGACACUGGCUUUAGGGGCCCACGAGACGUUCACUUCAACCAGGAACAUUUCACAGCACGUGUGCCCAUGAGGUCGUCGACGCCGGUCCUGCUCUUCCUGAUCAGCGUCCAGGCUGCACUCAACAUGGUGGGAAACACCCACUCACAGGAACCAGCCAAUCAGAACGCAGGAACCCAGGACUCGACCCACGAUGACCUCAUCCCCACAGUCGACCCUAAACUGUUCAACAAGCGGCGUUACCGAUCACCUCGUGUGCUCUUCAGCGACGUGGUGCCCUCCGAUGGCCGUUCAGAGCCUCGGAGUCCGCGAAUACGGCGGAGAGCACGCGACAUCCAGAACCGCGGUGAAUAUUCGGCCUGCGACAGCGAAAACCACUGGGUGGGAAACAUGACCCGUGCUACAGACUUAGGGGGAAACGAAGUGAUGGUGCUGCCUGAUGUUCGCAUCAACAACGUGGUCAAGAAGCAGAUGUUUUACGAAACCACUUGUCGCGUCACAAACCGUGGGCCCACCCACCGCGGGAUGAAGGCGGGAACAACCGGGUGCCGUGGGAUCGAUAACAAGCGCUGGAACUCCUACUGCACCAACACACACACAUACGUUCGUGCGCUAACAUCUUUCAAGAAUCAGGUCACCUGGAGGUUCAUCCGAAUUAACGCCGCGUGCGUGUGCGUGGUCAGUCGAAAGUCGUGGAAGCACUGAUUCGCGACAUUUCACCUGUUUUCUGAAUGAAUCGAUGAAUUGAAUUGUGGAAGUACUGGUUCAUGAUCUGACUUGCUCGUUUCCUCGAUGAGUAAAUCAAGUGAAUUGGUCCGUCAUAACAAUGAUCCAAUUCAUGAUUCGGUUUGCUAGUCAUUCAAGUGCAUCAGUGAAUCAAACUGACGUACUCACCGAUGCACUCAAGUCAACAAGUAUCGAAUCGUUCGAAUCGUAGAAAGGAUUUGUUCCGCUUGUUUUGACGAAUGGACCGAAGAGUGGAAGACGCACUAACGAGCGAUUCCGUUCACCAUGCACUUGAUUCGUGAUCAAGAUUCGCUAAACGAAUCAAGUGAAUCAAAGUAAUUGACCAAAUCAAAUCGUGUCUGUGCUUCCAGAGGAAGCUAUUUCAAUAAAUCUUUCUCUAGAUGCGCUGAUUUGUUUCGAUUGUUUGGCUAAAAACCUCCAUCCUCCCGUCCACGUCUCGGAAAAACAAACGCCAUACUGCCAAUUCAGCAUACCAGACUCCUUCCCCCCUUUUAUUGUUCUCCACCUACAACACCCCAACCCUGUCCUACCCUACCUCACACUGUAAAUUAUUGGUCUGUUAAGUUAUGAUGACUGCAUGACAUAUUUAUAUAGUUUAUACAGGCAAAAAUAUAAUUAAAUAUGUAUGUGUAUAUACAGUAUACAUCCAGAAAGCAAGCAUAUGUUGUGUCGUUGUUGUUGUUGUUGUUCCUGUUAUUUAUUAAACACUUCAGUACUUCAGAGCA